AUAAAUUAAAUUCAAUAUGGCCCCCUUCAAAUUAAUGGCUAUUGACGAUUUUUUGUGUUGAUAUUGAUAUUAAUAUUGUAAGGUUGUAAGAAGUUUGGAUAAUAAUUAAUAUUACUGUUCACUUUCAUAUAACAUUACUGAUUGUUCGCUAAUUUACGCGAUAGUGUUCAAGUCUGCUACCAAGCAAGCACGAUGCGUCGAAAGAGUGAACGCACCGCUAGUAAAAAAUCAAAACCUUCCCCGGAAAAAAAAGAGAAGGUUGAAAAAGUGAAACAUUCUAGAUCACGACGCAGAAAACAAACAUCUUCAAGCGAGUCCGCUGAAGACCCUCCGCCUGCUGUUGAAGUUUCCAAAACUGCCGAAACAAAGGUCUCCGAAACAAAGUCUGUUAAGGAUGACAAUACCAAAGAGUCAGAGGAUCAGGUAUGGCAAGUUAAGUCAACAGAGAGUACUGGAGACGUUGGUGAAAUUCACAAAUUAAAAUUAUGUCUUGCUCGGCCGCCUUCAACACCUGAAGGAGUUGAUAGAUCACCUAGGAGCAAAAGGAAGCAUCUGCGAGCCACCAGCUCCAGUGAUAACCAGAGCGUGGAAGAAGAGGAUAAGAGAAAGUCAAGACAUCGUUCUAAAAGGCACAGUGAGUCAAAACAGGACUCAGGAAAAAAAAUUCAUGCAAGUAAAGUAGAUACACUUGAAGAGGAUAAAGCUGAAGUGGAUAAUAAAGAUGUAUCAGAAUCAAAGCGGAUGGAGACAGAAACAGAUCAAAGUGGCAACCAGAAUCUAUCACAAGAGCUUACAUCUGCAACUGACGAAACACCAGUGUCUACUACCACUGAGGAUAUUAAAACUACUGACAAUGUUAAAGCGACCACUGAAACAGAGAAGGCUGAGGAAUCAAAAGAUUCUAAUGAAUCUAAAAGUACGGAGGAAUCUAAAAGUACAGAAGAAUCAAAAGGUAUUGACGAAUCUAAAGGUACAGAGGAAUCUAAAGGUACAGAGGAAUCUAAAGGUACAGAAGAAUCUAAAGGUACAGAGGAAUCUAAAAGUACAGAGGAAAAUAAAGCUACAGAGGAAAAUGAAGGUGCAGAGGAAUCUAAAGUUACAGAGGAAUCUAAAGGUACAGAAGAAUCUAAAGGUACAAAGGAAUCUAAAUCUGAGCCUGGAGUACCCGAAAAGACAACUGAAGCAGAAACUUCUCCAAAGUCAGAUGAUGCUGAAGAACAGAAAAAAGAUACUGUGAUUUUACCAAGAAAAGAGAGUCCAUCUAGAAAAAGGAGUCUAUCUGCAGAAAAAUCUGAAAUUUUAGAAUUGCACGCUGAAGAAAGUAGGUGCGAAAGUUCAGAAGUGAGUUUUGGUGAAUCCCAAGAUGCAAAAUCUAAAGUUGAGGAAGAGGAUAAAGAUGUAAGCAAGUAUGUUCCAAGUGAGGUAAGUAGUAACAUAAGUACAACUGAAAUUUCAGGGCAACCAGGGUUUAAUAGCGAGGAUAAAAUAACUUUAAUAAACAGUAAGGACAUACCAUCAAACAAUAAGGAGGACAAAAUUGAUUCUAAUAAUAGUGAUGACAAAUUGACUAAAAACAAUAAGAAGGAUAUAGAAACUCCUGAUAAUACAGUGGAUAAAGAAACUUCUAACUCAAACGAUAUUAAACAUUGCCAAAAUAUUGAAAAAGAAAAAACACCUACACCAGACUGUACUCAGAAUGAAUCUGUUAAAGACAUGGACACUGUAAACGUAUCCCAAAAUAACAAAGAAAAUUCUCAAACUACUACAGAUAUUCCAAACGGUGAUGUGGCACCUUUGGUUGUUAACAGAAAGAGGAGGUGGGGGUCACGUGCUAACAAGUUGACUACUCAAAAGUCUAUAACUAUUUCAACUGAUGUUCUAAAAGAAAUAAUACCAGAUGUGAAGCCUGUUGAAUUUGAUGAGGUCAUUGAAGAGAAGAAGCACAAGAGAAUAGGGGUGCCAGAUAAAAUUGAUAGACCCAUCCUGCCAAAAAUUGUGAUUGACAAUACUGACAGUGUAGAAAUUAGUAAGAAGGAUAAAAAACUAGAAGUCCAAGACAAUGAGAAUGUUAAACUGAAAGACACAAAUCUGGCAUUGACGCGCAAGAUAUCAAUAGUUAAAGAACAAGGUGGCAUAAUUGCGAGACCUCCUAGUCCACCAAGACAUAAGCAGUCAAAUAUUUUGUAUAUUACAAACCUAGUGAGGCCAUUCACCUUGCCACAGUUGAAAAAUUUACUGCAAAGAACUGGAAAAAUCGUUGAGAAUGGCUUCUGGAUUGACAGGAUUAAAUCCAAAUGCUAUAUUAAAUAUGAAAAUGAAGACCAAGCUGUGGAGACGAGGCAUGCUCUGCAUGGGGUCACAUGGCCGGUUUCAAAUCCAAAGACGUUGCAUGUAGACUUUUCGACACCUGAAGACUUUGACAAAGCAAAGGCAAAUGAAGAAACUGAUAAUGCGAAAGUGUCAACGAUUCCUGGCACAGUGGAAGAUUGGCUUCGGGAGCAAGACAUGAAAAGAGAAAAGGAAGAAUUGGAAAAACCGUGGGAGCGAAAAAUGGCAAUGAGAGAAUGGGAUGUUGGUAAAAAUGAAAAGACAAAAGAACCUGCUCGACCUGACAAAAAUCACAGAGAGGAACGGCCAUCGGAGAAGAGAAGACAUCGAACUAUUGAACGAAGUCCAGAACCAGCGCGGAAGUUUAAGAAGAAAGAAGAAGAAGCACCUGCCAAACUGUUAGAUGACUUAUUUAGAAAGACAAAAGCUACUCCAUGCAUAUAUUGGCUACCUUUAUCAGCUGAAACUAUCGCCGUAAAAGAGGAGCAAAGAAGGCAGCACAUGGCCGAGCACGAGCGUCGCCUGCAAGAACUGCGUCGUACCCAUCGCAGACACUAUCUUAGUGAUACAUUCGUGCAAGGAGAUAGGUUAACACGGCCCAUAGCAAACAACGAGCGGUUACAGCUGUGCAUAUUCGGCAACAACGACUCUUUGGCGUACGUGCUAAGGAACAACCUGUACUACUUGCCGCAGGGCAGCGAUACACCGGUGCAGCUCACGACAGAUGGUGUCGUUGGAACUAUUUACAAUGGCCAUGCAGACUGGGUGUAUGAAGAGGACGUUAUGUACACGGGCCAAGCCACUUGGUUUUCCAAGGACGGCAGAUUUCUGGCAUUCGCUAGCUACGACGAUACAUUGGUGGAGACAUACUCUUAUUAUUACUACGUCGAUAAAACGGAUCCUGAAGAUCUGUACCCUGAACUUGUUCAUCUUAAAUAUCCCAAGGUCGGACGUACCAAUCCAACAGUUACCCUUCGCGUAGUGGACGUUUGGAAUUUAGCGACGAAUAUGAGCUUCAUAACUCUCGAGGCACCCCCUGAAGUGACAGCCGACCAUAUCCUGGGCGGAGUCACUUGGCUCACUGACACAGAGCUGGCCGCGCAUUGGCUCAACAGACGACAGAACUACACUGUGCUCAGAAUCUGUGAUGUCGUUACUGGGAAGUGCGAGGAGGAACAUCGUGAUCAAUCCAACGGCUGGGUACCAAUCGCGUUGCCACGAUUCAGUAAAGACGGAGACUACUUCUUGUCCAUGCGCUGGUCUUUGAAACAGGCCUCUGGCAAUACGUGGCAGCAUCUGUACAAGACCAUGCGGGUCAACGGUCAGUUCGACUCUACUUCAGUCACUCCUGGAGAGUUCACUGUGAACAACAUUGUCGGCAUUGAUGAAGAAAACAUGCAAUACUAUUUCACUCGCACGGUACCCAACGCGCCGUGGCAGUCGCAGGUCCACACAGUGGGCGCGCGAGCCCACUGCAUCAGCUGCCACAUAGUGUUGCCCGACGGUGGGCCCUGCGCUUGGGCCACGGCCACCGCCAGCCGCGGCGGCUCCUACAUGUCCGUCACUUGCUCCUCACCUGAAGAACCAUCUGCGACCUACAUCGUCAAUCCGUUACUGAAUCCUGCGGACGGUAACACAAUACUUUAUACAUGGGAAACGAAUCAAAUCGUGCGGGACCGUCUCGUAGGCAAGGACAGGCCGGUGAGCAUCAUCACGACAGUUCCUCUGGAGAACGGCUGGCCAGCGCCAGUACGACUACUGCUCCCGCCCGGGAUCGACCUCAACGACACCACGACGAAGUAUCCUCUGAUAUUCUUCGUGUAUUCCGGACCUAACACUAAUACGGUUUAUGACACUUUCACUGUUGGAUAUCACUCGUAUCUUACAACAAGCAGAGACACGAUCUACAUGAUGGCAGACAGGCGGGGAGCGGGUCUUAACGGACAAGAUAUGUUGUUUUCUCUCAACAAUGCACUCGGAACUGUGGAAAUUUUCGAUCACUUCGUCGUUCUAAGAGAAGUGCUGCAACGGUACGCGUUUAUCGACAGUUCCCGCGUCGGCAUCUUUGGACACAGUUAUGGUGGAUACGCCACCUUGUUGACACUCGCGCAUGACGACACGAACAUGUUCAAGUGCGGCGUAUCCGGGGCGCCUGUCACUUCUUGGCUCUAUUACAAUACAAUGUAUACGGAAAGAUAUAUGGGUCUUCCAACAGCAGAAGACAAUUUGGCCGGUUAUGAGGCUGGCGAUGUGACGCUGUUGGCUGAAAAGCUACGAGGAAAAAACCUGUACUUGAUGCACGGCAAUGCUGAUGACAACGUGCAUUACCAGAACGCGGCCAAGCUCAUUACAAAACUAGCAGAACUUAAUAUACCAUUCCAACAGAUGUCGUAUCCAGAUGAAGCUCACAGCUUGGCGGGCGUCGGCAUGCACAGAUAUGGUACAAUGAAUCGUUAUUGGGAGGAGUGCAUUCAAAUGCCAGCUGAAAUUACAGAAGACGUCGUGACUGAAGCUUAAUAUAUGUAGUUCCUUUUAAUGUUGCUUAUUGUAGAUAUCAGUCAGCAUAACAUGUCACAGAUUUAUUACCAGAACUAGAACCUAGAGGGAUGGUUGUUUGAUCAAGAAGUAGGAACAUACCUAUGUAGUUUAAUAAACGACCAUCUCUGCCAAAACAUUUUUGAAGUAACGUAUUUGGACAAGCAACUUUACUGACACGCAUGUAAAGGACAAUAGGCAGCUCUUUAGCACAAUCAAUCACUCGCCUAUGCGUGUUCAAUAUAUGUAUAGAUUUUGAAAGUUACUCAUAUACUUGCUUCUAGACGAUGUAUUCUUUCUAUUCAUGUAUUACUUUAACGAUUAUGCAAUCGGUAUGAUAAUUAAAUAUAGAUUACAAGUGACACCUAGUUGUCAUAUAUAUUUAAUUAUUUUACUAAACGAUACUACGCUUAGCUAAUGUGCGGUUGAAUGUCGUAUCAUUGUGUUGUUUUAAAUCAAAUACUGUUCUAACCAUCGAUGUAUAUGUUUCUAUAACUAUCUCUAUGGUCGUAAGGUUACUCGUAUCGGAACUCUGAAAAACGCGUUAAAAUGAUUAUUGUUAAUUUAUCUUUAAUAAUAAUAAUUCAUCAACAAUUAGAAACAACAUAUUUUUUUCAAGUAUACUUCAUAAUUACCUCUAGUCUGUUAAAUUCUGAUUGCGCCUUCCGUUUUAUCUGUGAAUUGUAACUUUAAAUAAGCAACAUUAUUUCCUCUUAGGUAGUUAGAAUUUAAAUAAUGUUUUAUUAAUUCAAUGGAUUGUUUUUGUUAUAUAUGUUUACAUAAUAUUUAUACUAAAAUAUAUUUAUUUUAUUUUGAACAUUUCGUUUUAAGUAGUCAAUAAACUAUUUUGAUACGUUG